CACGUUCCAAAACGGCUAUUUCACCCUUGCUGUCCCAACUCACACCCACCAGUUCAACAAUCAGUCGUCCUGCACACAGCCCACCCCAAAUCACUGUUGAUGGCGUAAAGCCAGCCUGAUUGUUGUACCAUCUUUUACCAUUACAAUUGAACCAUCGGUCUAUCGGGAACCCGUACAGAGUUCAUAGUCAGGUGAUCGGUCUCUACCAUCGAAAUUACACACAUCGUCAUCCCUUGAUCAGUUGUUGAACUAGUACAUUGCUGACUGGUCAUUGACUCAAAACAACCGCAAAGGCACGCUGUAUCACAAACAUUAACGGCGGUUAACAACACAGCAUCUUCCACCGAGCGUAUACAUCAGCGUCCACUUGGACCACAGAACCCGCCUUACACACGGACACGUCCAGCCCGUCAAACUAGUCAUCUCCAUAUUUGUACACGUCCACAACCAUGAGUUCUCCAAACAGUGAGGAUUCCAAUGGCAGCAAUUCCAACGCCUCAAGAACAGCCAAUAAAAACUCUAACAGCUAUCAGGACUACCCCAUGCAGAACCACUACCGCUACGGCGAUGUCCAGCCUGAGCAAGAAUUCUUCAUGGAUAACGAGAUCAAUGAUUACAAAGAGUUGAAGGAAUCUAUCAUGAAACAACGGAGGGCGUCCGACUUGCUGCAGGGCCACAAUCAUCACUUUGUUGACCACAACUCUCUCUUGAGAUUGCCAACGGAGAUCUUAUUGCAAAUCUUCCAUCAUUUGGACAGAAAGGAUCUAUUUUCCUUAUUGACCGUGUGCCGUGAAUUUGCUGACUUGAUUAUAGAAAUCCUUUGGUUUAGACCAAAUAUGCAAAAUGAUGUCUCUUUCAAGAAGAUUAAAGCAAUCAUGGAGUUGCCAAGAACUCAGACUCAUUGGGACUAUCGUUUGUUCAUCAAGCGGUUAAAUUUGUCUUUCAUGACCAAGUUGGUCGAUGAUAAUUUAUUGUCCCUAUUCAUCGGCUGCCCUAAGCUUGAACGGUUGACGCUUGUUAAUUGUACUAAGCUUAGUCAUACCCCUAUAACAAACGUUUUACAGAACUGUGAAAAGCUACAGUCUAUCGAUUUAACGGGAGUCACUGACAUACAUGAUGAUAUUAUUAAUGCAUUAGCGAAGAAUUGCACUAGACUACAAGGUCUCUAUGCGCCAGGUUGCGGUAACGUUUCAGAAGAAGCAAUCAUAAAUUUACUCGAGUCAUGCCCAAUGUUGAAGAGAGUCAAGUUCAAUAACAGCAAUAACAUCACCGACAGAUGUAUUUUGAAAAUGUAUGAGAAUUGUGUGUCAUUGGUUGAAAUUGAUUUGCAUAACUGUCCAAAUGUUACGGACAAAUACUUGAAGUCGAUAUUUUUGGAUUUAUCACAACUCAGAGAGUUUAGAAUAAGCAAUGCCACGGGUAUCACAGACAAGUUGUUUGAGUAUCUCCCAAAUGAAUUCUACUUAGAGAAACUCAGAAUAAUUGAUAUUACUGGAUGUAAUGCAAUUACAGAUAAGUUGGUAGAGAAAUUAGUGAUGUGUGCCCCAAGAUUGAGAAAUGUUGUCUUGUCGAAAUGUAUGCAAAUCACAGAUGCUUCAUUAAGAGCGUUGAGUCAAUUGGGCAGAAGUUUGCAUUAUAUCCACUUGGGGCAUUGUGUAUUGAUUACAGAUUUUGGUGUCGCAUCCUUAGUGAGAUCAUGCCAUCGUAUACAAUACAUCGAUUUGGCAUGCUGCUUACAGCUAACUGAUUGGUCCUUGGUCGAAUUGGCGAAUUUACCUAAGUUGAGAAGAAUAGGUUUGGUCAAAUGCAGUCUUGUUACUGAUAAUGGAAUAAUAGAACUAGUCAGACGUCGUGGUGAACAAGAUUGUCUCGAAAGAGUUCAUUUAUCUUAUUGCACAAACUUGACUGUUGGACCCAUCUAUUUAUUGCUCAAAAACUGUCCAAAGUUGACUCAUUUAUCAUUAACUGGAAUAACUGCAUUUUUAAGAAGAGAAAUCACACAGUAUUGCCGUGAUCCACCUCCAGAUUUUACCGAAGCUCAAAGAAAUUCGUUCUGUGUUUUCUCGGGCCAUGGUGUGAACCAAUUGAGAAAUCACUUGAACCAAGCAAUGGAGGAAAGAGCGUAUCAUAUCGAACAAGGUGACAUCCAAGCAUUGUUCCAAGAAAGAAGAAGAAGAUUCAUGAAUGGUGGUGGGGAAAUGGAUGAAGAAGAGAUGAACAUUUGGGCAAGAGGUGCUGGUUUGGGUUUGUUGCAACAAAAUGUGCUCCAAAAUAAUGAAAUACAAGACAUAAAUAGGGAGAUCUUUAGUGAAAUUAAUGGUGGUCGUAUGGCUCCUGACGAUAUGAGAGAGCAUUUUCAACGAAUCAUCAGACAGCGUCACCAUCAACGCCAGGAACUGGUCCAAAGAGGCCAAUCUCAAACGCCUACCCAAGUUCUUCAAGCACAUCAGUUCCAAAGAAAUCCACAAAAUGCCCCUCAGAUAGUUCAACCAGCUGUGUUUCCAAAUGGUGAACAGUCGAUACCAGUCAUCAACGAAGAUGAAGAUGCAGAAAUGGAGGAGCCCGGCCUCUUCCCGAGACAGGCUUCUAGUUAGGGUGCAGUACCGAAGAUACAACUUGUUGCUACAUACAUCUGAAGUACCAUACUCUUUUGUUGCCUUGCAAAUAUUGAUAGCAAUGCCUCGCAAUGUCAUAAGUAUUCUUGAGGAAUUUUUCCUCGUCUUCUGCAUUCAUUCAUUUAAUUCAUUAAUUCUAUCAUUUAAAAUUCUAUCCUUUUAUAGCAAUAUUUGACAUCCAUCAAA